ACGAAUUGGAAAAUGAAAAAACAAAAUCGAAAUGAAAUUUAUCCAUUCAUUCAUUCAUUAUUCUUCGAAAUUAUCAUGUCAUUAUUUUCGCUGUUAAAAUGCUAUUAUCAUCAUUGAUUUUAAGAUUUUUCUACAUUAUCAUUACAUUGAUCAUUAUUGUUUAUGUGAAAUCCGUCGAACAAUUCGAUGUCGAACAUUAUCUUGAUCCAUUUGAUUCACAUCCACGACUUUUAGUGAAAAAUGGACAUCUUGUCCUAUUGACUGGCCGUAAUAAAGAUAUCGUUUUUCGUUCAUCCGGUUCUGGACAAAUACGAAUAAAUGGAAAUGAUUUAUUGGCAACAAAACUUCAAUCCAUUAAUCAAGAAUUGGAUCCAAUCAAUUCGAAUACAAAUGAUAUUGUUGCACAGCAAAAUUCUCCCAUUGAUCGUUUGGUGGAUCGAAAACUUUCAAUUGUUGAAACAAGAAUCAGUUCACGUAUUGAUGAACUUACACAACGUUUAAAUGAUACGAUUAUUUUUCAAAAAAAAAUAUUUGGUCGAAAACAAUUCCGUCGAAUGCGUACAUUAUUACGACGUUUGGAUCGUUUAGAAAAAUUAUUGAUGAAAAAUGAAUGUGAAAAUAAUCCCUGUCAAAAUGGUGCUACUUGUGAAGAUGGUUACAAUCAAUAUUUAUGCCGUUGCCGUACAGGAUUCAAAGGACAAAAUUGUGAACAAGAUAUCGAUGAAUGUGUCCAAUAUCAAGGAACUGAAUUAGGAUGCCAAAAUGGUGGCACUUGUUUGAAUAUUUUCGGCGGUUUCGUCUGUAUUUGUCCACCAAAUCAUCAAGGCCUUCGUUGUAAUAUCGAAUUCAAUGAUUGCCAUAAUGUCAGUGAUCAUGAAAUCUGUGGCCAAGGAUUAUGUUUGAAUAAGCCACGAACACAGAACAAUGUGGCCUCAUUUCGUUGCGUCUGUUUUCAAGGUUUUACGAAAUCAAAUCCAAAUAUUGAUAGUGCUCCAUGCGAUGUGGAUGUUGAUGAAUGUCGACUUGGUAUCGAUAGAUGUUCGAAAGAUCCACCCGUUGAUUGUAUCAAUACACGUGAUGGUUAUCAAUGUGGGGUUUGUCCACCUGGAUAUACUGGUGAUGGUUUCCAUUGUUUCCAAUAUGACCGUUGUCUGAUCAAUAAUGGUGGCUGUUCUAUGUCGCCACGUGUUUCAUGUUUUCCUUCAAGUUCAUCGGAUCGUAUUAUUUGUGGACCUUGUCCAGCUGGUUAUGUUGGUGAUGGUAUCACUUGUUCAACUGUAGAUGGUGAUAUAUGUUCAACGAAUAAUGGUGGUUGUUCACCAGAUGCUACAUGCAUCGCUAACACCGCUAUAUCAGCGAGAUUUCGUCAAUGUCGUUGUAAUGAUGGUUUUACCGGCAACGGAGAAGGAUCACGUGGUUGUCAACGAAUUGUUUUAUCAAAUUGUGCUAAUAAUCCAUGUCAACAUGGUGCAUCUUGUAUUUCUUAUAAUCAUCAUGGUUCAACAGAUUUUUAUUGUUUAUGUCCAUCGGAUUAUACUGGUAGAUAUUGUGAAAAUCAAGCCAAUUUAUGUCAAACAAAUCCAUGUCAAAAUGGUGGCCGUUGUAUUACGAAUCAUGGUGUUUAUUACUGUGAAUGUUCCAAUGAAUAUAUGGGCAUCAAUUGUGAACAAAAUCGUGCCAGUUGUGGUGGCCAGUUGGAUGCGAUGUCUGGUGUGCUUUCAUUUCCCACUACAAAUUCAUCAUCAUCAAAUACCUAUGCAAAUAAUGUGACAUGUAUAUGGGUGAUACAAAAUCGUCAAUAUUCGACAAAAGUAUUGAAUAUAACAUUCGAUCGUUUUAAAAUGGAACAAUCACCAGGCUGUGCAUUUGAUUAUCUGGAAAUUUUCGAUGGACCAUCAAGAGAAUAUAGAAAUUUAGGAAAAUUUUGUAAUGAUAAACAAUUACCGAAAGGUGGCAAUAUUAUUACAUCGUUUAAUUCAAUUUAUUUGAAAUUUCGUUCCGAUCCAAGUGUAUCACAUGAAGGUUUCUCAUUAACAUGGAAUACUAUCGAUCCUGUAUGUGGUGGUUUAAUCAUUAAUCGAACUACCGGUAUAAUUGAAUCACCAGGAUAUCCACAUCAUUAUCCAGCAAAUCGUGAUUGUCAUUGGGAAAUUAUUGCGGAUUUCGGUAAACGUAUACAAUUCAUUUUCACCGAUCUGGACAUUGAACCAAGUCCAAAUUGUACAUUCGAUUAUCUAAUAAUAAGAGAAAGUUUAUCACGACUACCACCAUCAUCAUCAAUUCGAAAUUCAAAAGCCGAUUCUAUUAAUAUUGUUGCACGUUAUUGUAAUUGGACUGCAUCGUCCGAACAAUCAGUACCACCACCGAUUACAACAAGUGGUUCAUUUGCACGUAUUCAUUUUCAUUCAGAUCCCGGUAUACAUAGUCGUGGUUUUCAUCUGGUUUUCAAUCAAAUACCCGGUGUUUGUGGCGGUAUACUCACCGGAUCCAGUGGCAUAUUUCAAUCACCAAGUACAGCUUAUACAUCAACAUUAACAGGUCGUACAUUUCUUAUCUAUCAGAAUAAUAUUGUUUGUGAUUGGCUGAUACGAGUGAUGCCAAAUGAACGUAUUUCAUUAAGAUUUUUAAGUUUUGCAUUAGAAUCCGAUUCAAUGGUAAUGAGACCACGUAAUCAAUCCAAUGGUGGUGGUGGUGGUGGUGGUGGUGGUCUUUGUAUGUUUGAUUAUGUUGAAAUUUAUGAUGGUGAAUCAUAUGAAUCACCAUUACGUGCACGUCUUUGUGGUCGUAUUGUUCCGCCAGAAAUAAUUUCAACUGGAAGAUUUUUGCGUGUAAAAUUUCGUUCCGAUAUGAGUGUUGCUUUGAGAGGUUUCAUUGCAAAAUAUCAAGCAUUAUGUGGUGGUGAAUUCAAUGAAUUACAAGGACAAAUUGAAUCACCAAAUUAUCCGGCUCCAUCAUUGCUAUCGAAAAAUUGUACCUAUCAAAUCAAUGUACCAAUUGAUCAUAUUAUUGAAUUUACCGUUGAACAAAUGGAUAUUGAAUUCGAUCAUCGUUGUAUGUUUGAUUAUCUAAUGAUACAGCGACAACGUUAUUGUGGCCAAACCGUUCCACCACCAUUCUAUUCAAUGAACAAUGAACUAAAAGUUUAUUAUGUCAAUGAUGAAUCUAAACCAUCUAUUGGUUUUCGUGGCCGUUAUCGAUCAAUUGAAAUUGGUUGUGGCGGUGUAUUGAAACAAGGUGAACCAAUGAUUGCAAUUUCUGCCGAACGUCUAGCUACAUCAUCGAUAGUAAAUCAAUGCUUCUGGGAAAUUCGUGCUAAUCAAUCGCAUUUGGUUAUGAUAAAAUUUUUUCAUACCGAAACAUCAUCAUCAUCGUCAUCGAUUGACAAUUCCAAUGUGAUAAUCAAUCAAGAUUUGCUACAACGUUCUAAUGAUCAUUAUAUUAUGGUCAAUGAUUCAGAUGGAAGUUUGAUUAAAAAAUUUUCUAUUGAACAAUUACCACCACCAAUUACAUCGACUGGAAAUGUAUUGUUUGUCACUUAUGUUCAUAAUGUUAUACAACAAACGAAUCAAGAAUUUGAUUCAUCUGUCUAUUCAGAAAAUUCGAACAAUACGACUAAAUCUACAACAGCAAUGACGACGACGACCACAUCAUCAUCAUCGAUACAUCGAAUGGAACGACCAUCAUCAUCAUUCUAUGCUACUUAUCAUUUUGUACCGGCAAGAUCAUUUUGUGAUAAAAAUAUCUUCAAAAAUGUUGGUUUUAUUCGUUCUCCUAGAUAUCCACGACGAUAUCCUGGUAAUCGUAAUUGUACAUGGAUCAUACAUGUUGAUAAUGGCCUACAAAUUCAUUUGAAUUUUACUGAAUUUCGUUUAGAACCUGCUAGUGAAGUGAAUAGUCGUUGUUAUGAUUAUCUAGAGAUUCGUAAUGGUCGUCGUCCUGAUUCACCAUUGAUCGGACAAUUCUGUGGUUUUGGACCGAUUCCAGAUAUCGUAUCGCAUAGUAAUUAUCUAUUCCUACGUUUCAUUUCGGAUCCAUCAAUGCAAAAUAAAGGUUUUGAAAUUUAUUAUGAAGCAAUGGCAACUGGUUGCGGGGGUACGAUGACCGCCGAAUCUGGUAGUAUUGAAUCGCCUGGUUUUCCUGAUCAUUAUCCAAGUAAUAUGAAUUGUGAAUGGAAAAUACGUGUGGCUGAAGGUUCGAUUAUUGUCGCUUAUCUUAUCACAUUGGAUAUGGAACGUACAAAUGCGGCAAGAAAUUGUGAAUUUGAUUAUCUAGAACUAUUCGAUAGUGACGAUGGAAAUGAAGCAAGAAAAUCAUUGGGAAAAUACUGUAAUUAUAUUGAAGGUUCUAGACCAGCGAUAAAAACAACUGGUAAUAAAAUGUUCAUACGUUUCGUAACGGAUGCUACGAUAAAUCAAGGUGGUUUCAAAUUAAAUUAUCGUACUGAUUGUAAUCAAACAUUGAUUGGUCGUUAUGGUAUUAUUGAAUCACCAAAUUAUCCUGAUCCACAUCCACAUAAUCUGAAUUGUAUGUGGCAUAUAUUGGCACCAUUGGGUAAUAAUAUUACCAUUGCCUUCACACAGCUUGUACUCGAAUCAAAUGUUGAUUGUAAAUUUGAUUAUCUGAAUAUUUCCGAAGUAAUACGGCCAAAUCAAUAUUCACUUUCACAAUCACAUUUAUUAGUAUUGAAUGAACAUUUCAAUACGAAUACAACGAUGACACUUUGUGGAAAUUAUACCGGUUCAUUACCAUCGAUAAUACAUACUGGAAAAAAUGAAGCAAUCAUACAAUUUAUAUCGGAUGAAACACGUUCAAUUGAAAGUGGUUUUCGUUUAGAAUGGUCAGCCAAAGGUUGUGGUGGUGAAAUUCGUAAUCAUCCUGUUGGUAUAAUUUCUUCACCAAAUUAUCCAGAUCCAUAUCCAUUAAAUGUUGAAUGUUUAUGGCAUAUUUAUGCUGAACCUGGUUAUCGUGUUGAUCUUUUUAUUGAAGAUUUAGAUAUUGAAUUUUCACAUGGUUGUAUGUUUGAUAAUCUACAGAUAUUCAGUGGUGACAAUGAUCGUAAUUCACCAUUGUUAUUGAAACAAUGUAGCCGUGCUACGAACGUUCAUCUAUCAUCAUAUGGUAAUGUUAUGACAAUCAAAUUAACAUCCGAUUUAUCCACUGUUGCACAUGGAUUCAAUGCUACAUAUAGUACAAUGGAACGUGGUUGUGGUGGAACAUAUUUUUCCGAACAAGGUACAAUAACUUCGCCUAAUUAUGGUGGUGGUAAUCAUUAUGAUCCAAAAACCGAUUGUUCAUAUCGAUUGGUUACUGAUGAAAAUUUCGAAAUUGAAUUAACUGUGAAUGAUUAUGAUAUACCACGAUCAGAAAAUUGUUCGACUAGUUAUUUGGCUAUUUAUGAUGAUGAUUUUGAUGAACCUAAUUCUAAACUUUUGGCCAAAUUUUGUGGCCAACUUUCAUCACCAUCACCAUCACAACAACAACAACAACAACAACAACAACAGCAACAGCAACAACAAUCAUCGAAUGAAGGAUUAAAAUUUCGUAGCAAUAAUUCCGUUUUAUCUGUACGAUUAUUUUCAGAUGGACUGAAUUCUGGUCGUGGUUUCAAUAUAACCUAUCGAAAAGUUUGUGGAAAAACAAUCAUUAUUGAUGAUCAUGAACAAUAUCGUGAAAUAUUCUCACCAAAUUAUCCAAAUCCCAAUCAUUAUGAAGGUGAAUGCAUUUUUAUAUUGAAAGCAUCAAAACCAGAAAAUCGAUUGACCAUACGUUUUACACAUUUCGAUACAAUGAAUGUUGCAAUAAUGACAGAUUAUAGUCAAAGUUCAUGUGAAUUUCUUAUGGUGGAAAUUUAUGAAGGACGAGAAAAAUUACCGAAUAAACGUUUACAACAAGUUUGUAAUCAUAUAAUACCGCCACCUAUUGUAUCACAAGGUGAUACACUUUUGUUGGUUGUUAAAACAGCAGUAUUUCAUGUUAUUGUAUCAUCCAUUCAAUCAUUUUGUGGUGGUGAUUUUUAUACAACUGAAGGCUAUAUUGCUACGCCUGGUUAUCCAAAUAGUUAUCCAUUGAAUAUUGAAUGUAUUUGGAUAUUGAAAGCAGCACCUGGUAAUCGUUUUCAAUUGGAAUUUCAAGAUUUUGAUCUUGAAACAUCGGAUUAUUGUAAUAAUGAUUAUCUGGAAAUUCGUUUGGAUAAUUCCAGUGGUACGAUUCUAGGACCGAAUGGUCAACGUUUAUGUAAUCAAGCUAAUCAAGAUGGACAAAAACCAACAUCAAUAAUAAUGCCACAGAUUCAAAUUGAUUUAACUGGAAAUUUAUGGAUAAAAUUUCGAACCGAUGAUGUUGGAGUGGCAAAAGGUUUUCUACUUCAUUUUCGAAUUGCAACUAUUACUUAUCUUUCUGCACCUAGUGGAAUGAUUGGAUCACCUGGAUGGCCUAUUGGAUUUUAUUUUGAAAAUAUCACCUUCAUCUGGUAUGUUUCCGUUCCACAUGAUCAUUAUAUUAAAUUGGAAUUUCAAGAAUUUUCACUACAAGGCGAUCAAACGAUAAAUUUUUGUCCAAUUCAAUUGUCCAUUUAUAAUGGUCUAGUGGAUUUUACACAAAUGUCACCAUCAUCAUCAUCAUCAAUUAGUGACCAAGUAUUGACAAGUUUACAAACAUAUAUAUUACCGGAACCAAAACAAUCAUAUUGUGGCCAACAAUUGCCUAAGAAUUUUAUUGCCGAUUCAAAUGCCAUUACAUUGAUGUAUGUGAAUAAAUAUGUAGCUUAUUUACCAUUUCGUGAUAUCAAAUUUUUAUUACGAUGGUCAAUGCUCAAUAGUAGUGAAUAUAUGAAUUCAAUACAAAAUAUUGGUGGCGUACCAGAAAAUGUUAAUACAACAUUCAACAUAUUCUUAGAUCAUGGACAAUCAUAUAAUCUGUUAUCUGAAAAUUUCAGUGAAUAUGGAAAUGAUAUUAAUUGGUAUUUUCGUACAAAACAAUCAAUGCAUAUGAAUAUUACCGUCAGUUUAAUGAAAAUGAAUCCAUCAUCAUCAUGUUGGUCAAAUAAAAUGAUUGUUUAUGUUUGGGAAACCGUCAAACAGAAAUGGCAAACAAUUAAAUCAAUUUGUAAUAGUAUGAAAGAACCAAUCGAAGUUAGUGGUAGCAAUGAAUUUCGUUUACAUCUUCAAUAUUUUAAAAUGAAUGAAGGUAUUCCAACGAAAGCCCGUUAUAAUCUGACUAUAACGCCUGUUUGUGGUGGUAAUCUAACUGAUCAACCGAAUGGUGAAAUUGAUUCCACUGAAGAUAUUGAUGAACAUAUUCGCGGCAUAAAACAAUGUGAAUGGAAAAUUCAGGUACGUCAAGGACGAACAAUAAGAUUUCAUGUGGAAUUUUAUUCAAUUGGAUUCAUUAUUGAUUCUUCUACAUGUCAAAAUCGUGGUGAAUCUCUAGAGAUUCAUAAUGGUCAUUCCGUUGAUUCACCACUGUUGACACGUCCAUUAUGUGGUCAUGCAACCACUUGGUUCACUUUACAAGAAACAAGUACAAAUUAUGCAUAUGUUGUAUAUCGAAGUAAACGUGCAACAAAUUCAUUUCGAAUACGUUAUGAAGAAGUUGGCAUCAAAUGUGGUGGUGAAUUGGUGAUUCAAAAUGUCGACGAAGAUGUUAUCAUAUCAUCACCAGAUUAUCCAGAAUAUCCAAAACAUGAUGUCACUUGUGAAUGGAUUAUACGUGGCCCAUUAGAUUAUGGUUUACAAAUUACAUUUGAACAAGAAAAAUGGUCAUCAUGUAAUGCAAAUAAUUCUUAUUUAGAAAUCUAUAAUGGUGGUUCCGAAUUAUCUGGACUAAUCGAACGAAUUUGUGUGCCAACAUUCAAUCAAAAUACGAUUGUAAUCAAUUCACAUAUAACAUUAAUUCGUUAUGUAUUGAAAAAGGUUUUGUUUCAAUCAAAAUUUAAAGCUACCAUCACCGUUGAAGGUUGUAAUCGUCAAUAUUAUGUUCCAUUUGGUAGUUUAUUAUCGGAUAAAACCGGUGCAUAUAAUAAAUUAGAAGAUGAAUAUCAAUUUCCGAAAUUUCGAUUGCGUAAAAAAACUCCAAAAAAUCCAUCGACAUCAUUUUCAUCAUCAUCUAAUCUAUGUACAAUUCGUCUGUUGACACAAGCUGAUUUUUUCAUUACAGUAAAUAUUACAUCCAUACGGUUACGUGGUAAAGAUUGUAGCAAUGGUGAUUUGAUUGAAAUUAAAGAAAAUUUAAAUUCACCAACAAAUCUAAUGCGAUUAUGUUCACCAAAAAAUCAAACCAAUCAAAUUGAUCAAUCAAUAAUUACAUCACAAUCGAAUGAAUUAUUUCUGGUGUAUAAACAAAUGAAUAUUAAACCAAAUGUUGAUGGUGGUGAUAUUGGCAUCAAUCGAUUCGCUGAUAAUGAUCCUGAUUCAGUUGGUAUUAAAUUUUAUGCAUCAGCUAAAUAUAAAAGAUGUUAUCAUUUUAUUGAUCUACGACAAACACCAACUGGAAUAGUAUAUUUACCCAGAGACAUUCAAUCCACAGCUACACGUCGUGUAUCAUGUCAAUGGUUAUUCUAUAAUGAUCCUGGAAAUAAGAUUCAAUUAACAUUUUCAUGGUUUAAUUUUGGUCAAUUUCCUGUGGAAAUUUACGAUAGUGAUGAUGAAAAGAAAAAGCAAGAGAAAAAAAAAUCAUUACGUUGUAAUAAAUUAAUGAUGAUUCAACGAAAUUAUUUUGUACCACCAAUAUUGACCAAUAAAUAUGGAUGUACAAAAGCUCGGCCAAGAGUGAUUCAAUCAUUAACACAUAUAAUGACCAUUAAAAUGUAUGCUAGAGAAAUGGAUUCAAAUGAAGGUUUUAGUCUGGUUUAUACUGGUAUUCGUGGUGAUGAUGAAAAUUCCUGUAGUGGCAUUUGGGAUUUAUCACAUGGUUCAUUUCGAUCAUUGGAUUUUGAUUUCAGCCACAACUUGACUGGUUUAAUAAGCUGUGCAUGGGAAAUGAAAAUUGGAUUCAAUCAAUCCGGUUCAUUGGUCAUCGAUACAUACGAUGUUCCUGGUGAUUGUUCAAAUUCAACAUUGAAUAUUGGACAAUUAAAUUCUGGUUCAAAAAUAUUUGGAAUUCGACAUAUGAUUUGUAUACCAGAAAGUCGACGGCCACACAAAAAUGGCCUGAAAUUUAUUGUUCCAAUUUUUCGUGAUUUUGAUGCAUCAUUGGCAAUUAAUCCUACGGUAUUCUUGAAUUUUAAUCGCACCAAAACCAAUCUAUUCAAAGGAAUAAGUGGUGAUUAUUUUGUACAAAAAUGUGGUGGAUCAUUUGAUCCUAUUGUUGAACAAGAAUUUCAAUCACCAUCAUAUCCAAAUGCAUAUCCAUCAUCAACAUUUUGUCAUUGGAUAUUUAAACGGAUGAAUAUUGAUUAUGAAUCCAAUAGUAUACCUGGUUAUAAAUUAACAUUCCUGGAAUUUGAUAUUGGCCAUAAUUGUGAUCAGGAUUAUUUUCUAUUACAAAUGAAUCCACGUUAUGAAUGGCAAGGUUCUGAACGGAUAUGUGCAAAUGCCAAUAGUUUACCGGUACCUAUUUAUUUAACACAUGGAAUUAUUUUAUCAUUUGUUUCAAGUCAAAAUCUUUCCAUUGUUCAAACAAAUUCAAACACUUAUGAUAAUAGUCAAAGAAAAUUUCGUUUUCGUAUCGAACCAAUUUCACAUGGAUGUGGUGGCCUAUUAGCUUCACAUCAAGGCUAUUUUCAAUCACCAAAUUAUUUGAAUGAUAGUAAUAAUGGUGAUAAUAACAUUGGUUUUGGUGGACAAACCAAUCACCAGUAUCCACCGUCCAUGGAAUGUGUUUGGACUAUAAAAGCAAUACCUGAUUUUCAUCUUGAAUUUGAAUUUAAUUCUCGUUUUGAUCUUGAACAAGCGGAUGGUUGUCAAAAUGAUUAUCUUUUGUUCGAAGAACGUCGUAGCCUUGCCAAUAUUGAUGAAUGGACACAAAUAUCGAAACUUUGUGGCCAUCAAACACCGAAAACCAUUGUUUCACAAUCCGAUUUGGUUCGUAUUACUUUCCGUUCAAAUGAUAAAAUUCAAGGCGAUGGUUUCCGUGUACAGUAUCGACAAAAAUGUGGUGGUCAAUUUGAAGACGAAUCUGGCAUAAUUUAUUCGCCCAAUUAUUUUACCCAAGGAUCAUAUAGUAAUGAUUUGACUUGUGUUUAUCGAAUACGAAGAAAUCCUGAUGAAUAUGUUCAGAUUGAAUUUGAAGAAUUUGAUCUUGAACAUCAUAUGAAUUGUCUGUUCGAUUCAGUCAACAUUUAUCUUGGUGAUAAUAGAAAUUCUUCUACUAAAUAUUAUGGUCCAUAUUGUGGUUCGCUUGCUCCACCACGUCUCGUAUCGAAUGAAAUGCUUACCGUUGUUUUUCAUACUGAUCUUUUAGUGACAAAACGUGGUUUCAAGGCUCGUUACAAUGUCACAAAAUGUGGUGGAAACAUAACUUAUUCUGAAGGUGAAAUUGUCAGUCCAUCGGGUUUCCGACAUGAAUGUGUAUGGAACAUUAUCAUACCGGAUGAACGAAUGUCAAUUUCAUUACAGAUAAUUGAAUUGAACAUGCGUAAUGAACAUUGUCGAUAUGAUUGUUGUAAUAAUUUGAAAAUUAUGGAAGAUCCAAAUGAAAUUCACCACCAACAAACAUUGGCAUUCUUAUGUACGAAUCUCACCGAAGAGGUUACAUUCAAAUCAACUGGUAAUCAAAUGAUUAUACGGUUGAUGCAUGAUAUUUGGCCAGAUGUUUCUAUGCCACAGUUUCGUCUACGAUAUUGGUCAUCACCUGGUCCUAAAUCAAAUUGUGGUGGUCAUUUUGAUGAAAAACAAAUCGAAGGCGUUAUUGUUACGCCAGAUUUAAAUGAUGAUUCUUUCUAUGAAAAACAAUUAGAUUGUAUAUGGACAAUUCAUGGCCAAGAUGAAAAUCAAAUAAUAACUCUGGAAUUUGAAAGAUUUGAUGUGGCUACUACUAAUGAUAAUGGAACCGAUCCUAAUCGUUGUAUUCAUGGUGGUGAUUAUCUUGAAGUUUUUGAUGGUAUUAAUUUACAUGCACAACAAUUGGCAAUAUUAUGUGGUCGUACUAUGAUACCGGAAAAAUUAACUAGUUCAACCAAUUCAAUGGUACUGCAAUUCAAAACUAAUCUAGAUGAUCAAUUGGGUCAUGGUUUUCGUGCACAUUUUCGAUUAGAAAAUCGUACCUGUGGCGGUACAAUUUUGUCGACGGAUACGCCCACAUCAUUAUCAUCACCACAAUAUCCAAAUGGUUAUGAACGACCAUUACAUUGUAGCUGGGAAAUAUAUUCACAUUUCAGUUUUCGAACACCACUUAUUCUGAAAUUUCAAGAUCUUGAUCUUGAUUGUUCACGUGGUGAUUAUGUUCAAAUUCUACAAUUUCGACAAUCCGCAUAUGAAUCAUUCUUAUAUAGUCCAAUAACAUUAUGUUCAUCGCCAACACAAAUAAAAUUUAUGACUGCUACAAAUAAUCGAAUUCGUUUGAUAAUGAAAACAUUCACUGAUUCGGUGGUAACUGAAUAUGAUAAUAUUGCCACUGUCGUGAAUCGUACGGCCACUGUGAAAUUGAUUCCAAAUCAACCAAAACAAACGUUUCGUGGAUUUAAUCUAACACAUCAUUUUUCAAUUUGUAAUGAAUCAUUGGAUGGUCCGGAUAAUGGUUUUAUUACCAAUCGUAAUUAUCCAUAUAUGACACAGAUACAUUCAAAUAUUUUCUGCUAUAUUAACAUCACUGUGCCUGAAGAUAGACAAAUAUCGUUGUUUUUCGAACAAUUUCAAUUUUACAUUUGUUCACAUUCAAAUUUAACAAUCUAUGAUGGUAAUAGUGGUGGUAGUGAUAAAAAAUUACAACUAUUUGGUACCUAUUGUGAUCAAGAAACAAUUCCGAAUCCAUUAUUCACUACAACGAAUCGAUUGUCAAUAAUUGUGCAGGCACGAUUUCAAAAUCGAAUCCCCAGGUUACCAUUUAAUCCACAUGAUAAUCGUAAUAAAAUUCUUUAUUCAAUUUCAUAUACAUCACAACCAAAAUCUAAACCACCUGGUUGUGGUGGAAAUUUCACCAGUCUUCGUGGUUCAUUCACAUCACCGGAUCAUCCAUUACCAUUUUUAAAGGAUCAAUCAUGUGUAUGGAUGAUACACACGAAUGGUUAUCAUACAAUAACAUUAACGUUUGAUGAAUUUAUGUUAGCUGAACCAUGUGAUAAAAAUUAUGUCACCAUAUUUGAUGGUCUUGAAGAUUUGGAUGAAAAACGUUUGGCUACAUUUUGUUCAAUGGACAAACCUGCACCCAUACAAGGUUUAUCGAAUGCAAUGUUGAUUAAAUUCCAUUCAUCUGAAGAAAAUUAUCUACCUGGAUUUCGUGCUUCAUAUCGUGCCAAUACACAAGAACCUACUAUUAAAGGAAGAUUAAUAACAAAAAAUACAUUCCGAUUCUAUAGAGAUUUUCGUGUAUUUACCGAUAUUUAAAUCUUAAUGAAAAUGGAAAAUUUUCUGAAUCAUCAUAAAAUCUAUUUGAAUAAAAAAUCAAUAGUAA